UUGACAAGAAGCAAAAACCACAGAACUGAGUUUCACGUAGUCUUUCUGUUCGCUUUGUUUCACACACUAUUCAGGUUCUUCCUACUGUCUUCUCCCACCUCCUCUUUCUUCUUUAUUUAUUUCACAGAUGUUGGUGAGGUAGGUAAUCUGAUCCAAACUUGUAGAAUUCAGGGGAAGAAGGGAAGCGUUCUACCUGAGAAGUUUUUUCAUCUGUGAUAUGCCCAGGAGAUGAAGACAAUGCCUGCCAUACUUGGAAUCAGGAAAUUGUUUUGGGGCUUUGUCCUCAUCCCACAUCUGGCCAUUUGGAGUAUUAAAGGGGAAAAACCAUGUAAUGAACAACUUUAUGUAAGAAGAUAUUCCAAAUACAGUGUCUCAGAAGGGGAGCCAUUUGAACUGCGAUGCCCUGUGAUAUAUUGUACUUACAGACCUAAUGUGACCUGGUGCAAGUUUGAAGGAAAAAGCUGUUUAUCUCCUGGGGAUAGACUUCAGGGACACAUGCAUUGGGAAGAAGAGAAGAAUACUUCAACUUUUAUUCUGCAUUUCAAUCAAGUGCUUGCUAGUGACAAUGGGUCAUACCGCUGUUCUGCGAAUUUUUCAUCUGGACUCAUGGAAAGCCACUCAAUUACCAUCAGUGUGACAGAACGGAUUCAAAAUAAUUUAGAACACCCUGUAAUAAAUACAACCAGGGCCACGGAAGCACCCUCCAAGGAAGAGAUGGUGGACAGACGAUGGAUCCUUUACAGUUUGCUUCCUCUUGGUGCAUUACCUCUGCUCAGUACCUGUGUCUGCCUAUUCUGUUGCCUUAGAAAGCACCAAGCUGAAAAAAAGAAGCCUUCUGAUUCAGCAGGAAGGGAAAUUAAUCUGGUUGAUUUUCCCCAGCCCUUUAGGCAUGAACAAAGUGAAGUGGGCAUCAGGCAAAAUUCCCAAACACUGCCAUCAGAAACUGGAAUUUAUGAUAAUGACCCCUGGUUCAGGGCCCAGGAAGAGUCUGGGGUUUAUUCUAACCUACAUCUGGAGGAAAACAAACAGGGCAUUGUUUAUGCUUCCCUGAACCAUUCCAUCAUUGAAAUGAACCCAAGACAGGCAAGAAAUGUGAAGGAAGCUCCUACAGAAUAUGCAGCCAUAUGUGUGCGGAGUUAAAUCUGGUCCUGAUCUCCAACCAGUGGCCAUCAAAUAGUCAGUGUGUCCACACAAUCAUCUAAGGUCCAGCAGGAUGUCAAAUAAUAUUCCUCGACCUGAGAAAUUUCACUUUAGAAAGGCUCAUGUUGUUGCUGGGGGUCUUAAGGACCUAUAGGUCAAAUGACUAAUAUUUCUCCCAGACACUUCUAUGAGAGUCUUUUAUGUUAUAGACUUGAACAACAACAAAAAAAAAAACCUCUCCAAAACUGAGUGCUAUCAUGAGUUGAAGAGUAGUAGAACAUUUAAACCUAGCUAUAUUUUACCCAAUAUACAAAUUAAUUAUUUCCUUUGGGUACUAGACUUACGUAGGGAAGAGAAGUUUGUCUGAUCUGGAUCAGUUUCACUACAGUCUCUUGAAGAAGAAUGUCUCAGUUCACCUCUCUAACCACGAAUACAGUAAUAAUAGUAUGUUUACUUCUGAUCAAUCUUCCAUAAUAGGACAUUUUCCUCUGUCAAUCUGAUACUAGGGUUUCUUAAAUGUAAAGGAGAAAUCACUUUAGACUUGAUGAUAUAAGAAAAUAAUGGAAAGUAAAUGGUGCAAUAAAGACAAGGAAUACACCACCUGAAUGUGGGGUAGAUGCUCCCCAUGCCUGACAAACAGAUGCUUCUAUCUUUUCUGUUAGACUGCUAGGCAAAUAUAAGUGGUAAUCGAGUGAUAGAUGUAUAGUGCAUUUAUAAAUAAAGUGAUGACUCUGUGUUCAGGUCACAGAGACCAAUGUAUAUAUGAAUGUGACAUAAUGCUGCUAAAUAUACUUGUGAGUGUCUAAAUAAAUGUCAAAAUCAGUGAGAAUAAGUAUCAUCAGGCAAGUGCAGAUUGAUGGCUUAAACUGCUUUGCUUAAACAGAUUGACCUGAUAGCAAAUCAAAAGCAUAAUUAAUGGAAUGGAGAAAAGUCCAUAGUAUUAAGUUGGGCAGUACAGGUCAACAUACUUUCCUUCACCAUAUCUGUAUCUUGCUGUUCUUCUUACUAAGGAAUCAGGGCAAAUCAUAUGUAGUGAAGUCAUGCAGUUUCACAAUUUGUGUUAAAAUGUUGAGGUUGCAGCCACUUAAGAGUAUAGCAAGAAGAGAUGGUUUCAGAUUUCUCAAUUUCCAUAGUACUUGAGUCUAAUUAUUGAAAAAUAGUCUACAACUUAUUCAACAGCUUGAGGCUAUUAGAAGUCUCAGGUGCUGCUACUAAAUGCACUAUACCUCAUAAAAAUGAAUGACAAAGGCUAGAAUCCAUUUGAACAAAUAUGUGAGCUGUUCAUAUGAAUGUGGAGGAGUGGUGUCCAUCUGUAUCAUCAGUGUAUAGAAAGAAACGUAGGUGACUUAAAAUCAUAGAGAAACUGACAACAUUCAUUCCAUUUCAGUUUGCUAAAGAAGUUCAAAAUACUAGAAUAAAUGGGUCAUUAAAGGAAAUGUGUGAAAACAGUGUAUGAAAAUGCGGAUGGGAGUAUGACACCCCCAUCAAAUUUUUUGGCCCCAAAAGACAAAACUGAGAUUUGUGGGAGAGCUUUCCUUAUGUAACACUGGCAUUAAGAUUUCAACCCUUGGAUUGAGGUUGUGGAUAUGGUUUUAGAUUCACCACUAUCUAGCCAGUAUAAUAUCAUGACACCUAGAAUUUUAAGCAGCCCAUUCUAGGUAGGCACUUUCAACCAAACUGUAUUUAUGUGCAAAAGAUAUAUUAGAUAGCUGCUUGUGGUCUUCUUAAAAAUAGAAACAGGAAGUAUGGGGAAGGUACAUUUAGCUGUUCUUAUUGGAUAAACACACAAAGCUGAACAGUUUCUUCAUAACUUUUUUGAAUUAAAAAAAAGUAUUUUUGUCUAUUGUUUAGCAUAUUCUCAACAUACUUUAUAGUAAAGAUAAUAUUGAUAAUAAUUUUACUCCUAUAAAUGAUUUCUACUUAUAUUUGUGCCAUGCUGCCAAAACCACAAAUCAUGUAUAUUUUAUUCCUUCUUAAAAAAAGGUGUCAGAGUUUUAUGUGUAUUUCCCACAUAAAUUUAUUUCAGUAGUGUUUACAUGGCUUAUUUCAUUAAUGAUAAAUGAGAAAAAGUAUGAUUUUCCAUGAAUUUUAAGCUUGUUGAUUAUGCCUAAUAAGAAGGUAAAGUUAUUAAACUUUAUUUGGAAUCAACUUGGUCUU